AUGAUCCUUGGUGGAAUUGCGUGCGUUGUUGUUUCGCUCAUUCCUGCUGGUACUGAAAGAACAGGUAUAUGCAUAUCUCCGCCAGCGGAUAAAAUUAUACAAUGGGCUAAUGGACAACUUGCAUACUAAAUUUUAGUCAUAGGAAAGAGAAGGGAAUCAAACACCACAGCUAAAAAGAACAUAAAUUAGUAAAAUUGCAAAAUUUGGUUGCGAAAUUUUGUAAAGCUUGGAAAAUAUAGUCUAGCAAAUUAAGUUUGCAAAUUUUGUAUAUGUUUGUAUUACGUGCGGAAAUUGUUACCAUUUUCGGCUCAAAAAUGGUAACAAUUUCCGCACGUAAUAUACAAGCAUCAAUACAAAAUAUGCAAACUUCGCAAGGCUAUAUUUAAGCUUUACAAUAUUUCCUUAUCAAAUUUUGCAAUUUUACUAAUUUUAAUAAGUUCUUUAGGCUUUACGGGAAUUUACUUUUUUUUGCCUAUAGAUCAAAAAUUAGUCUAACAUGCAAGUUGUCUAUUAUGCAUGAAGUUACUUGUUUGCCAUUUGAUAACGUAUUGUUCUUGGGUUCGCAGUAAUUGCAUGGCUAAUCGCUGUUGCGAAUAUCCUGCCAUAGUUCAUUAAUGUACAUGAAAAAAAUUCUCUAUUAUGAUUGCUGAGAACAGCGCAAUUUAAUCGAAAUACAUUUCUUCUCCAGAUUUUAUUGUUGGACGUGUUAUCGGUGGUAUGCUAGGCAAAGGUUUCAUUACAGUCUCCUACGACGCUGUAAUCGUUUGGUCAACCGAGCUUUUCCCAACCAUUGUCAGGUAAUCCUACCAGAGUACAUAUAUGUUAUUUACCGGCUGCAAGGUCUGGGAACCUAAGAACCCAACUAGGUGAUGAUUGCACUUUUCGACAGAACUUUUCGGGGAACUGGGGUCCUUAUCCAGAUACUUUCGCCUCCAGAGGUUGAUUUCUUGCAUCUUGAGUUUCACAAAUAUACUAUUUAUUUUACAUUUUCCAGGAACAGUGGCAUAGCAAUAGUGUAUGUCGCAGCCUGCCUUGGAUCUGCGGCUGCACCCUUUGUUUUGGAGCUGGACAGAAUUAAUCCAAUAUUACCAUUUGGUCUCAUGGGAGGUUUGGCUAUCGUCGCUGCCUUGUUGGGUUUGCUUUUACCCGAGACCAGAGGAAGGCCAACUGCCGAAGUUUUCGAAAGCAAAAACAGCGGUAUACAAUCUCAUAUAAAAUUCAAAUUCGAAUUGUCCAAUUAUAUGCAUCAUCAAUCUCAAAGUGCGACUAACCACUAAUGUGAUUUUUGGUAUGUGUAAUAUUUGGGUCAUUUGAAGCAGAAAUGUUAUUUAUCUUUAUAAUAAAAAAUCCCAUCUUGAUCAACUUUUUCAGUCAAAGUUUGCGGAUAUGAUGUCAUUAGGUGAAUUGCAAAUUAGUUUUCCUUUGUUUUUUUUGUACCAAAAUUAAAUUCACCUAAUGACAUCAUAUCCGGAAACUUUGACAGUGAAAAAGUUGAUCAAGAUGAGGUUUUUUACUCUAAAGAUACAUUACAUUUCUUCUCAGAAUGAACCAAAUAUUACACAUGCCAAAAAUUAUAUUUGGGGUUAGUCGCACUUUAGAAGCAAACUUACCUUAGGUUUUACGAUUUCCAGCAACUUUUGUUGCCUCUGAUCUUUUGUUAUGAAGCAAAAACAAAUAAACUGUCUGGCUGCUCGUCCAAUUUAACGACAUUUUCGGGUUUCUCGAUGAUAUAUUCCACUGAUCCACUCCUGAAAUUCUCCAUGCUUUUGAGGUCAGCGGAAAGUCCACCAUGAAACAUAGUCAUAGGAGAUCUAGAUAUUGCCUCGUACCCAGGCGCUUUAGUCUGGGUCAGCUAUCUAGAUCUCCAAUAUCUAUGCCAUGAAACAUGGUGAUGCGCCCACGAUCAUUGAUGAACUAUAGACUUCGUUAAUGCUUUCCUUUUUCCGAGUUUAAAUAUAGGCGAGCGAAAUUAGUACUCUCACCCUGUGCUUAAGGCCACUCAUCAUCUCCACUAGAUGAUAUUUUGAGACGAUUUUUAUGACGAUCGUCAUAAAAAUUCGCGACGAUUUAGAGAGAGUUGGAGAUGUACUAACAGCAAAGCGAGGAAUCUUAUUGGUUAAAAAUUUGGCGAUCGUCUAGCGCUCGACCACGAAAAGUAGAAGUCAAUCCAACUUUUCGUCGAGCGCUAAACGAUAGCUCUUCGAACAUUUUUUUUCAAUAGCGUGUGUGUCGUCGCGAACUGUUCAAUCUCGUAACGAGAUUACGAAGUGUAGUUUGACCGGAUCGUCUCAAAAAUCGUCUAGUGAAGAUCCGCCUUAUGCCUAGAACGGCCGUUGGCUCGGGGAUUAUACAAUGGGCUAAAUAUAGGCAUUCAGUCUACUCUGCCCGCCAAAGCAAGACAUUAAUAAAUUAAAACUAAACUGGACCGAUAAACUGUGCAGCAUUGCACAUAUACAGAUAAUUAUUAUGCAGUAUUGCAUAUGAAUAUAUUGAGAAAGUUAAUUUGCCAAACUUGUUUGCUUUGCUUUUAAUUUCAGAAAAAGCUACAGAAAUGAAUAAUUUAAAAGGAAAUAUUGAAGAUCAGAACGAAAAAGAUCUCCUGAUGAUUUGA